AUGAAUCGAUUUAGGACCAAGAAGAAGGGCAAGGAUGAGCUCGAUGCUCCUCGGCCUUCGAUCGAGUCUGAGUCUUCCAGCCCCUUCAGGAUGUUUGGCAAAAAGAAGGCUCCUGAAGAGGAGCCCAAGAAAGAACUUGACCUUGCAACAGCCCUCCCUUCAACCGACGAUUUUCGAACAAGUCUUCUAAUGACUAAUCUUUCAGCAAGAUUCUCUAUGCUUCGAGAACAAGAUGACCCCAAUACCAAGCUCGGUAAAGCCAGCGACGAUAGCGUUCUGUUUCCCAACAGACAAUCGAGAAUGAUGGACUUUGGUUUUGCUGCUGGAUUGGGGGACAUUGCCGAGGUUGAAUCUGUGAAAGCCCCGUUUGCGCGCUCAUCAGUACUAUCAAACGACGACACUUCGUCGCUGAACGGAAGCGUCAUGGGCCGCUCGAAGCCUAUCGAAGGAAACAACCUAUUCGGAGGGCGACAAAAAGUCUACAAAAUCGGUGCUGGAGGAAACAAGGGAGCUAUGAGUGGCCGUGUACUCUAUGGUGACGAUGUGGCCCAGUCGGCUUUCCAAAAGUGGCGGCAAUCAGAGAAGGACAGACAGUCAUUUGAUGACUUGCAACAAAGCGAGUCGCUCGAGUCCGAGAUUGAAAGACCAGAAUCUCCAUCUCAGAUUGACUACAAUCGCAAGAGGGAAACCAACUCAACAACAUCCUCCGGCCCAUAUGCAGCUCGAGAUUCGACAGCCGCUACGUCUGUCAGUUCUUCUCAAAAAGACAGGGAGUCUUUCGCAAACACAUUCCGUACUGCCAGCCCGACUCCAACGGCUCCAACAGUGGAAAGAACUGUGACGCGAACCCGCCGACUGUACGAGCAAAGCCUGAACCAGGACCAACAAGAUCAUCAAACAUCAGCACUCUCGAGAUUCGACACCUUGUCGAAACGAACUAUUGGAAGCCGAACACCAGAUCUAACGCCUCCUGUUCCAUCUCCGUCAAGCGCAACAUUUGGUGAUCGCUUCAUCACUCGAUCAGUAUUAGGAAAGGCUAGUGCCCCUAACCUAAGAUCUUUCAGCCCCUCAUCCGAGUCGGUGAACAAGUUCCCCAACAUGGACCAGAAGGCCUUUGGUGCUACACCUCCUCUUAGUCCCCCUAUCAGUGAAACCGGGGAAGUCCAGCCACUCGACAGAAACAUGAUUCUUAGCAGGAACAACAGCCAGUAUGACGAGUCGAGAUUUGCCCAAAGGCAAGUCCAAAUGCAGCGAGGCCGGGAGACCCCCACCACAGGGUUCCGUAACGAUUCAAACACUUCGUUAUCAGGACCUCGUUCUCGUUCUCCCUCUGCCCAACGCACAGCUGCGGAGAAGAGCGAUUCUGGAUCUUUCCCUACCGUUCAAGAAGAGUCUCAGUCUUCGACCUUCUUCGACGACGACGACGACGAGGAUGAGAUCCGCAGCCCCGAUAUUAUCACCCCUCAACUUACUGUUGAGAAACCAGCGGACAUUGAGCACCCCGCUUUGAGACACUCUGCGAUGCCGACGCCGCUGAUCAUUAGUGAUGGUCCUGGGGAUAUAGCAUCUGCUAAAGUCAACGACUUGCCCCAUGAUUCGCCUACACUAGGACCCACGUCUGGGGGGUUGAGCGGCAUGGUAAGGCAGCAUCUGCGAUCAGACAGCAACGCCUCAUCGAUCUAUGGAAGCAUGCCCAAUGAUGCUGAUUUGUCCUCCCGGUUCCCUCCUGAGAGACCCGAUGCGCAUGCUUUUGAGCCCAAGACAAUGGACUCAAAUGCUUGGGAGUCGAUUGAGAGAGACCUGGCCAUGUCGAUAGACGGUAGUGUGACUAGCCCCACCAGAUCUUCCGGCCUUGUGGAAGCGCAAAUCAUGUCUUCACCUGAGCCUGUGCAAGAAUUCAGGCAGGACACUCGCCCACAGCAGCAAGAUGAGACAGACGAAUUUGCCCGCCAUCUUGCCGACGGGGCACGACGUGUAAGGGAGAGAUUGACCUCGUUCGUGGAGUCUGAUAGUGGUGCCACUGUACCACAAGCUCCGCUGUCUGAGCUACCGCCUCCUCCACGCCCGAACGCGUUGGGCAUUCUGAAGUCCAAACCCAGCAUUGGCUCCAUGGAGAGAGGUCGAGGAGAUAGGGAGGCUGUCAAUCAGUCAAAGACUAAGAAGUUGCUUGGUCUUCGAGGCUCAUCUCCAGCCUCAGCUAAGGUUUCUCCCACUCGUGAUACUUUCGACGACAGAAUGCCACAAUCUCCCGAGGGAAUGAACGAUGCCGACACACCUAGAGAUUCCGAAGAGAAGGAAGGCGUUCACGCUGGGCUCAAGGCCUUCCGCCAAGCCCGCAGAGAUCUCCAGAGGAUGAAGGAACUCGAGCUUCAGCAGCGACGCCAGGGUCCACAGAGCCCUCCUACAGGCAGAGAUAGGGCUCAAACUGCCACUUCAUCGCGAGCACCAUCCCAGGAACGCAGCAGACCACCCCCAGUCUCGUACAAUCGUAUGCCAAGUGAGGAAGCCGGAGCCAAUGGUGGCUCACGUGCCGGUUCUCGUGCUGGCUCUCGUUCUGGAUCCAGAGCACCUUCUGAGCGCGACCGAAGCGGUUCUGAAGCAAGCAGCGGAGGACGCUCAGGUAGCCGACCACCUCGUGUCAGGGCGGGAUCAAGUGCUCACGAUGAUUACCAGGGACCCCUAGGAUCCCCAGUUGGAGUGAACGCAAAACAUCGACAAGGGCCUAUGAUCAGAUCGCCUAUGAUGCCAGGACAAGAAAUGCGACGAUCGCCACACCCUCAAUCUCAACAGCCCUAUCCCGGGAAUGCAUCUUCUGGACGUUUCGGCCGCUCUGAAAACAGCCUGCACAUCCAUCCUGCACAUGGAUACGAUCUUGGUCAACCAUCGCCAAUCUCGCCCUGUGCCCCAUCCCCCAAGGGCUUCGCUAGCCAUGGUCCUGGUCCACAAAGACCGUAUGGUCCUGGCGGCAUGAUGCGAAACCGAGAUAUGUCGGAACCUUCGAUCAAAUCUUCAGGCUCGCCAAUGGGUUAUCCUCGAUCUGGACCUGCUCCCCUUAACGGCGGCACAGUUUCUACUCCUAACCUUCACGGCAACGUGGGUGCCCCUCCGCUACCUCCCAUCAACCCUCGACGCAAGAACACAGGAGUGGCACUUGGCGAUGCUACGAUGAACGCUCACCACCUCCCUUCGAGCCCUGGUAUUCCAAUCGACCAACGCGGCCUUCGAGGUGAAGAAGAUGAAGGUAUUGGACACUACCGCCAGAGACUACGCAAAGCCACUAGUGAGGCCAAUGUAAACGCUCGAGCGAGAUCGAUGCUCCAAAAUCCUGCACCACCGAUGGUUCCCCCGCCUAUGCCUCCUAGCACGAGCAGCAACGCGCUUCCCGGUGGCAUGAUCUAG